AUGUCCAUCUGGAACAUUUUCAGUGUCCUAAUCGCAAUAUGUUGCAGUUAUGGACUUCAUCUUUACUCCCAAAAUACAAGUCACUUGGCGCGGUGGUGGUCCAAAGAAACAGUCUGCGAGAUCCUGCCCUAUAAGACACAGAUUGUGUCGGAAGACCCUUUGCUAGUCUACCUAGAUAACUUUGUCAGCGAGGUGGAGAUAUCUCAACUACUUUAUAUUGGGGAAACUUUAUAUUCUCCUUCAAAAUUGUCAACCGGCACGAGUGGUGAUGCGUAUCGAUCAUCCCAGUCAGCAGGGCUGCCACUGUCAGAGCCUCCGGUCUCGUGCGUAGGGAGUCGGGCACUCUCCCUAAUGGGAUCACUCACCGAGGCCUCCGACGAGUUCGGCAUCCCUCAACUAGUGACAUAUAAGCCUGGCCAGCAAUACAAGCUCCACUAUGAUUGGUUUCGGGAGUCAAUGCGCUACAAAGACGGUCGACUGUGCAAUCGUGUUGCCAGUAUCUUUGUCUUCUUGGAGGCUGACUGUACCGGAGGAGAGACAUAUUUUCCACGCGUUGUAUCCUCGGCUUCCAGCCUGGUUUCUGAAGGCAAGGCCAUUCAAAAUAGCUCGUUUGAGGGAAUCAUGUUUAGACCAAUACCAGGAAAUGCGCUCUUCUGGAUCAAUGUUGUGGAUAAUGGGACUGGGGACGAGCGUGUGUUACAUGGUGGUCUACCGGUGCAUACCGGAACGAAAACCGGGAUGAAUAUUUGGCCAUUAAAAUGUGAGCUAUAG